UCCCUCCCUCUCCGCCGCAGCUCUCCCAACCCUCAGACUGAAUCUCUAUCUUCCCUCUUUCGAUUUCCAGCCACGGCAACCAGUGAUUUAAACCUGUCUUUUUCGUUGCGCGGUGAAAGGUUGCGUUUAUCCGCACUUUUCCCGGCGGUUAAACGGGGAUUAAAGAAAUAGAACAGUUAACACGUAGAAAACAAGACUGAAAACCAAACAAAACUUGGAUCUGUUGCGUUUGCGUUCCGUAACCAAAGCGGAACAUACCUCCGAUCCCUCUUGUGAUUAUUUCCUCUUUUCUCUAACCGAGAAAAGGCUGUUGGAUUGGGUUCGAGCAGACGAGCUUCUUACUUCUGAGCGGCGUGAUAUAGGAAGUUUAUACAUGUUUUUAGCCUAAACGCGGAGGUCACAUUUUACAUGUAGGAAAAGUGACUAAUUCCAUCCUGCUGGCUGACUGGCACCAAUUCUAAAGUUAGUUUCCAGAUGCAGAGUAAACAAACACGGUUUGCAAGCGAAGAAAGACAUUGCCUAUCCGUGCAAGCGUUUACUUAGAGACCCUUUGCGUCUUUCUUCAUUGGGAGUUUUGAGGAGAAGGCUUGUUUUUGAGGAGCAGGGCUUGUUUCUCGAUGCACUGAAUGAGGAGGAACGUCCCAUGUGCGGCUUGCACUCUUUCUGACAACCCUUCAGCCCCAAGUUUUUCUGUGCUGCGUCUUGAGUCUACAGUGCAUCCCUUUAAUGCCUUGCUCCUGCGGUAACAUGUCCAACCUGGAUCAUUCCCUUCAGAAACGCUUCCUCUAAUGCUCGUUCGCUCUCAACGUCCCGGCAAACACACAGAAAGACCUGUUGAACUUGGCAACACUGUAAUACCUACCUGAAGCAUUCCUGUAUCACCCAGUCUUACGUUUACAAGCGGAUCAUCGGAAGUCUCACGUCCUGAGGCGUGACUGAAACUCGAGGAGUCAAAAUGGCUAACAACACUGCAGACCACCCGCCGGGGAACUCGGUCGCCGAGGUCGACCACGAAGGGGACUUUGGUUGCACGAUGAUGCAGCUCCGCGAGCUGAUGGAGCUCCGCAGUGGCGAGGCGGUCAACAAGAUUGCAGAAUGCUACGGAGACGUGCAAGGGAUCUGCCGCAGGCUCAAGACCUCACCUAUCGAGGGACUCUCUGGUAACCCUGCUGAUUUGGAAAAGCGUCAUGCGGCGUUCGGUAAAAACUUCAUCCCCCCCAAGAAGCCCAAGACCUUUCUGCAGUUGGUAUGGGAGGCCCUGCAGGAUGUCACCCUCAUUAUUCUGGAGGUGGCAGCCAUUAUUUCUCUCGGCCUGUCCUUCUACCACCCACAGGGGGAAGGCAACGACAGCUGUGGCCAAGCAUCCGGGGGUGUUGAGGAUGAGGGUGAGGCCCAGGCAGGCUGGAUCGAAGGUGCUGCCAUCUUGUUCUCAGUCAUUAUCGUGGUGCUGGUGACCGCCUUCAACGAUUGGAGUAAAGAAAAGCAGUUCCGUGGGCUGCAGAGCCGCAUCGAGCAGGAACAGAAGUUCACCGUCAUCCGCAAGGGUCAGGUCAUCCAGAUCCCAGUGUCUGAAAUCGUUGUGGGAGAUAUUGCACAAAUCAAAUAUGGUGACCUUCUUCCAGCUGAUGGUAUCUUGAUCCAGGGUAAUGACCUGAAGAUUGAUGAAAGCUCUCUGACUGGGGAGUCUGAUCAGGUCCGCAAAUCUCUGGAGAAGGACCCCAUGCUCCUUUCUGGAACUCAUGUGAUGGAAGGAUCUGGCCGAAUGGUGGUCACUGCCGUGGGUCUGAAUUCUCAGACUGGAAUCAUUUUCACCCUCUUGGGUGCUGGCGAUGAGGAGGAGAAAAAGGUGAAGAAAGGUAAAAAACAAGGACCCCCUGAAAAUCGCAACAAAGCUAAGACCCAGGAUGGCAUUGCUCUGGAGAUCCAACCGCUGAAGAGCGAGGAUGGUGCGGAGUCGGAGGAGAAGGAGGAGAAAGAAGAAAAGGAGAAAAAGAAGGUCAACGUCACCAAGAAAGAAAAGUCGGUCCUGCAGGGCAAGCUGACCAGGCUAGCUGUUCAGAUUGGAAAAGCAGGUCUCAUCAUGUCUGCGUUGACCGUCAUCAUCCUCAUCCUGUACUUUGUCAUUGAUACGUUUGGCAUCCAGGGCCGUGAGUGGACGGCAGAGUGCACUCCAAUCUACAUUCAAUACUUUGUGAAGUUUUUCAUUAUUGGUGUGACCGUGCUGGUGGUAGCCGUGCCUGAGGGGCUGCCCCUAGCUGUCACUAUCUCUCUGGCUUACUCAGUCAAGAAAAUGAUGAAAGACAACAACCUGGUGAGGCACCUGGAUGCCUGUGAGACCAUGGGUAAUGCCACAGCCAUCUGCUCUGACAAAACUGGAACGCUGACUAUGAAUCGCAUGACGGUGGUGCAGGCUUACCUAGGUGACACACACUAUAAAAGCAUUCCUGAACCAGAGGCCAUUAAUUCAGAGACUCUGGAGCUACUGGUGAACAGCAUCUCCAUAAACUCAGCCUACACUACCAAGAUCCUGCCUUCAGAGAAGGAGGGAGGUCUGCCAAGGCAUGUGGGUAAUAAGACAGAGUGUGCCCUUCUUGGUCUGGUGUUGGACCUGAAGAGAGACUAUCAGCCUAUUAGAGAUGAAGUUCCUGAGGAAAAACUUUAUAAGGUUUACACGUUCAACUCCUCUCGGAAAAGCAUGAGUACCGUACUAAAGAACUCCAGUGGUCCCGGCUUCCGAAUGUACAGCAAAGGCGCCUCUGAGAUUGUCCUGCGCAAGUGUUCCCAUGUCCUUGAUUCUUCAGGCCAGCCACGUGUCUUCAAGGCCAAAGAUCGGGAUGAGAUGGUGCGGAAAGUGAUCGAGCCAAUGGCCUGUGACGGGUUAAGGACCAUUUGCAUAGCCAUGAGGGACUUCAAAACAGAGCCAGACUGGGACAAUGAAGCUGACAUUCUGAAUGACCUGACCUGCAUCUGUGUUGUUGGCAUUGAAGACCCUGUUCGUCAUGAGGUUCCUGAGGCUAUCUCUAAAUGUCAGCGAGCAGGCAUCACUGUCCGUAUGGUCACUGGAGACAACAUCAACACAGCCCGUGCCAUUGCCACCAAAUGUGGAAUCCUGCAGCCUGGAGAGGACUUUCUCUGCCUGGAGGGUAAAGAUUUCAACCAGCAGAUUCGCAAUGACAAAGGAGAGGUUGAACAAGAGCGUCUUGACAAGGUCUGGCCCAAAUUGCGUGUUCUGGCUCGUUCCUCCCCAACAGACAAACACACUCUGGUUAAAGGCAUCAUUGAUAGCACAGUUGGAGAAACAAGACAGGUGGUGGCUGUGACUGGAGAUGGCACUAACGAUGGUCCUGCCCUUAAAAAAGCAGAUGUUGGCUUUGCUAUGGGUAUUGCGGGCACAGAUGUUGCAAAGGAGGCCUCUGACAUCAUUCUUACCGAUGAUAACUUCACCAGUAUUGUCAAAGCUGUGAUGUGGGGGCGUAAUGUCUACGACAGUAUCUCCAAGUUUCUACAGUUUCAGUUAACUGUCAAUGUGGUGGCUGUGAUUGUUGCUUUCACUGGAGCCUGCAUCACACAGGACUCUCCACUUAAAGCUGUUCAGAUGUUGUGGGUAAAUCUGAUUAUGGACACACUGGCUUCUUUGGCUCUGGCAACGGAACCCCCAUCAGAAUCGCUCCUGCUGAGAAAACCUUACGGACGAGACAAGCCACUCAUUUCCAGAACUAUGAUGAAGAACAUCUUGGGUCAUGCUGUUUACCAACUUGUCAUCACAUUUACUCUUCUCUUUGCUGGUGAGAAGUUCUUCAACAUUGAUAGUGGCCGCAACACUCCUCUGCAUUCCCCGCCAUCUGAACACUACACCAUAAUCUUCAAUGUCUUCGUAAUGAUGCAGCUUUUCAAUGAGAUUAAUGCCCGCAAGAUCCACGGAGAGAGGAACGUGUUUGAGGGAAUUUACAGGAACCCCAUUUUCUGCAGCGUUGUUCUGGGAACCUUUGUUCUGCAGAUAAUCAUAGUGCAGUUUGGAGGGAAGCCGUUCUCUUGCACGGCCCUCACCAUCGAUCAGUGGCUCUGGUGUGUCUUCAUAGGAGUUGGUGAGCUGCUCUGGGGCCAGUUCAUCUCUGCAGUCCCCACACACCGCCUCAAGUUCCUGAAAGAGGCUGGCCAUGGCAUCCCCAAAGAAGACUUCGCCGAGGAGGUGCUAACCGAAGGUGGAGAUGAAAUUGACCAUGCUGAGAUGGAGCUGCGCAGGGGACAGAUCCUAUGGUUCAGAGGACUCAACCGCAUCCAGACUCAGAUGGACGUGGUUUAUACAUUCCAGACGGGCCAAACGGCGGUGCCUGGGGCCCUGCGUCGCCAGCCCUCCGUGGUCAGCCAGCAAAACGACAUUAAGGUGGUGAACGCAUUCCGUAGCUCCCUAUACGAGGGCCUAGAGAAGCCAGAAUCAAGAAGCUCCAUCCAUAACUUCAUGUCCCACCCUGAGUUUGUACCCCUCUCCGAGGAGGAAUCCCGCGUCCCCACGAUAGACGAGGACUGUGUAGAGAUCGAGCACCUCCCCUCCUCUUCCAGAAACGGAGGUGGCGGCGAACCACCGGGCCGCUCUCUUCACAGCCAUGAAUUCUCCGUGUGAACCUCCCAUCGUUCUCCUGUCCCGAAAUCGUUUUUUUUUUUGUUUGUUUUGUUUGUUCUGUUUUUAAAGCCUGUGCACCACUCCUCCGGUGGAGCCCUGCUGAUGCACAUCUGACAGACAGCAGCACCUACAGCGGCCGAUGGGGCGACUACGAUCCCCUCACCCCCCACCCCCCACCCCCCUGCCCCUCUCGACUUGCACUGUGUUGGCAGCAGCAGCAGCGCUCUGUAAGUACAUGCGGCUGUGCUGCAGCCCAUGUGACGCAUGGCCUAACUUACACACUAGAGGGCGACGCUGCGGCAAACGCCCUCUCUCAGCCUGUCACUGGCAUUUUUAUCUCUUCUACAGUUGUGAUUUUUCUCAUUUUUAUAUUGUCACGUCUCUGGUCUUGUGUGAUGCUGUAAUCAUUUUUGUUAUUUGUCCCAGGACUCUCAGUUACAUAGUUCUUUUUUUUUUGUUCGUUUUGUCUCGUUUUUUUUUUUGCUGGUACAGGCGAUUUAUAUUCAUGCACUUCAGUUGCUAUUCGAAUAGAUUUCUCUCUCUUUCUUCUCUCUCUUAAUUUUCUCUGUUUUACGGUGGUUUGAAAAACAUGGCAGUGAAGCUACCCAUGUUGUUUUAGUUUUUAAAAUGAUUUUAUUCUCUAAUGGACGUUUUAAGUGGUUCAGACACUACAUUCAUGUCAUGUUCAGACGUUGACACAUUCGAUGCUGUUAGGCUCAUUUUGGGUGUUCUAUCACUUUAUAUGUACAGAUGUAAGGCUGCUAUAGUGAACGUUAGCAGAAUAAAAGACUAUAAUAAACUUAUUCGUUAGCUGAGUUAAGAAUACCUGAUUGGCUCUUAAGGGGGCAGGGAGGGUCACCCUACACAUCAUCUCAUCGAAAUCACACCCAAUGGGCAUCUCUAGUCUCUUGUUUAAUGCUCAUCUGCCUCGAAACGAAUGCCCAGCUAAUUGACCAAGUACUUUAUCGAAGGUACAGCACCUCAUCAUAGUGUGCAUGUAUCUGUCUUUAGAUUCAUCUGUGUCUGAUUGUAUGGGAAUGGGAAUUGUAUUACUAACCUUUAUGGGAUAUAACGACUAAUAAUAGGAUUUUCUUUUUCCUUAUUUCCUCUUUAGAAAAAAAAAAAAAAAAAUGCGAUAGAGGUGAUUCUGUAUGUGUGUACUUUCAAAUCCAGUCUUUUUCCUCACCUCAGCUCUGCAGUUAGGUGUUCUCGUUAUCUAACAUCAGGCUGUGCUCCACAUAAGCUCCAAGUUACUCAGACGGCACUGGUAGAGCUCCAAAAUCCCAUCCCUGAACUUAGCCUGUGAGGGUAAGGAUACUGCACGUAGUAAGCAUGCUUUUGCUGUUUUUAAAAAAAAAAAGAAAAAGAAAGAAAACACACUCUAACACACAAUAGCAUGUGGCAAGGGCCUCUGUUGGACCCUGUGAGCUCUGUUGAAACCUGGAUGACAAACUAGAUUGGACUGUUUUCAUAAGAGUGCGGCCUCAACGACAUGUGCUUUUUAUUAGCUGAAACAUACUACUGCCAUAGACCGACCUUCCGCUCAUACCAAUCUAGGUUUGAUGGAUUCCUCAAAUUACACCUUUUUCUACUUGCUCAGAGCCAUAUUUUAUAGAUUGUUCUUUUAUAUCCCAUUGUUUUUGCAGUUUAUUUUGUAUUUCCAACCAAAUUCGUAAAACAGACAGAGAGUCACUGCCUAAAGACAAAAGGAAAAAAAACAAAACAACCUAGAUGGACCACUUUAAUGUUUACGGAAAGGUUCCACAGCAAUCGGCUGAUGCUGCACUUCCCCCUACUGGCAGUUUUUGUUAUUUCGCUUAAGUGGAACAUGGUAUGUUAUUGUGGGGAAGCAUGCAUGAAUUUCAUAUAAAACUCAAUGUUUUGUUCCUUUUUUACAAUUGUUCUGUAUUUUUAUAUUAAGUACUUUUUAAUAUUUUGGGAAAAUAUAUAAAUAUAGGUGUAUAGGCCAGAGAGUUUGGUGACAUGAGAAAUUAGCAAAAUAAGCAGUUGAGUACAUACUGCAGUUUAUUUAUAUAUAUAUAUAUAUAUAUAUAUAUAUAUAUAUAUAUAUAUAUAUAUAUAUAUAUAUAUAUAUAUAUAUAUAUAUAUAUAUAUAUAUAUAUAUAUAUAUAUAUAUAAAUAUAUAUAUAUAUAAAUAUAAUAUAAAUAUAAAUAUUUAUAUAUAUAUAAAUAUUUAUGCCAUGUUUGUAACCACAUGCGGUGUCCGAGCUGAGAAAGUUAAGUGUUUACUGUAAAGUCAAGGGGUCUGGUGGAGUUGUCAACAGAAGAGUGAGCAUUUAAUGGCCUUAUCCCGAAUAGCGUACUCUAAACCUGCUGCCCUAGAUAGAUGUGUGUAAAAUAUUAUGAUUUGCCACCUAAUUAGAAUGUUGGACUACAGUGGGAUAUGUUAAUGAAAGGUUUUGAGGUUUUCGAACUCAACUUCUAUGUUCUUUUAGACUGAUAAAGCAUAAUUUAUUUUCUGUGUGAUUUCUGUAUCACCCAUUAAAGUGGCAAAGUGUCGGCUAUGGAAAAUAGAGAUUAUUACAGUAUGUAUUCUGUGUUGUCCUCAUUUAACUUUGAUUUGUCUUUGUGAAAAAGUUUUUGUCAUACGCAGCUCUGGAUAUAAAUGAAGCAUACAUACUGUAUGUUACAUGAACGUACAAGUGUAUUUGACUUGAUGUGGAAGCAGUCGAACGGUUUCCAGUUAGAGCUUUAUAUAAAUUCUGCCAAAGUUUCGCAUUGUACAGACUUAUGUCUUUGUUCUUGUUCAUUUGGAAUAACUUAUAACUGGAUUUCAUCCAUAUUUGGAUAUUUCUUUCCCAUGAGGAUCUAAAAUAUGCCCCCUUCACUUCUAUUUUUUUCAUUACUUGAUCAGAAUGGAUGCAGAAAAAAGGGGGAAACGAUCAAAGACAUUGUCAUUCAUUUUCUUUUCUGGUUCCCUUUAAUAGCUCUUUAGAACAAUUUGUUAUUGCACAUGUUUUUCUCUCUCGCAUUGUGUUAACUGAGAAUCGCUUCAAGGUGUCGUGCAAUAACUUUGAAUUUUAAUGCAUUACUACUCUACUGAAGUUGUCUGACAGUUCUUGUUUGCUUGGUUGGGGACGGGAGGAAAUGAUACACCACAGCUGUAAAUAAAAGAUUGUUUUAAAACUGGAAUAUAACAUUAAGUUAUAACCACUUAUUUUGCAUAUAUUUAGUCCAUUUACAUCUGAUGUUGAGUGAAAUGAAAAUUGUAUUUGACUGCGGGGAAAGCAGUCAAUAGAACAUCUGAUUUCUGUAAUUCAUAUGAGAAACAGUAAUAUAUACUGGUGUUAUUUUUGUAUAAACAUAAUAUCAUCGAUGUGGCAUGCAUUACUUAUAAACAAAUUGGUGGUUCAAAGCAAUAUGUACAACCUGGUGCGAUUUGGUAUUUUUAGUGUCCUGUGUAGCUUAAACCACGCUGUACUUGGGGGGAAAAAAAACUGCAUUGGAAAAAAAAAUCGUAAUUGUUCAAUAUAUGUGUUCAAUGUUCUGCAUGAUUACAUAUGGAAUGAGGCGUCCCCAAAUGUUUACUUGUUUCCAGACUGAAUGUGACACACAAACAUGCGCACGCACGCACACUCGCAUCAGUAGACUCCGUGAAGGAAACACACACUGACUCGAUGCUGUUUCAGAGAAGAACAUUUCGUACCGAGGAGAUGAAAGCAUCUCGUUUCUUGUCUAGACAUCACGAGAGAGCACUACUCCAUUAAAUUUCCUAAUUACUGGGGCGUGGGAAUUGGGGAAUGACUGCCAGAGUAUGUGCUUGAACAAUUUCUGGUCUUUUUUUUACCAGUUACGCUUCGCUCUGGCUUCGUUUCGUUACUUUUAUAGCCAUAAGCAGUGGCUGUUGAUUGAACUGCUUAAUUGCUGAGUGGUACGAGCUUUGAUGUUCCAUCACCUUAUUGUGUGGGUUACCGACUCCAUCCAGACAGCUCUCUCUCAUCCAUGCAUGAUCCAUCAAAGAUGAAAGAUGCUAGCGCAGUAAAGCUGAAGGACUUGCGUUUUCAAGGUAGGCAACAGUCGUACUUGAGUCCCCAUUUCACUUUCCUGAAAUGCACUGAUUCCCUUUACUCUCUUUAUUCCUACUCUUUUCCUCUAUUUGAGGGCUUUGAGAGAAAGAGAGCAUUGUUUAAUAAACUCAUACAAGGUAGGUUUAGCUAUUUCAAUUAGCCAAUGAAUGUGCAGUCAUCAAUCCAAAAACGUAGCUAUCUUUUUUUUUUUUUUUUUUAUUAAUGCAUGUGAAAUACACUCUUAAAAUUAGGUUAUUGGCAUCUAUGGUUCCAUAACAUCCAUGGAACCUUUCCAUUCCACAAAAGGUUCUUUUGAUUAUUAACAUGUUCUUCAUACUAAGAGGCCGUUCACAUAGAAUGUGUCCAUUACAUCGCACUAAAUCCCAUUGUUUUUGUGUGUAAACUUGCUACAUGGUGUUAUAAAAAUGCAGUGCUCAAGGUAAAGUAAGGGCCGGGUUCGACUUUUGACAAAAAAAUAAACUAUGAUGCUCAACAAAAGAAAACGACGUCUUUCAUUUUCACCAUUCCACUGCAUGUGUCUCACUCUCACAUUUUACAAAGCUAAACCGCAUUCUGUGUGAAUGGCCUUUACAGAAGAAGAUGGUUCUUUUGAGAACUGUUCACUGAAAGGUUCUUCAGGAAACCCAGAGUGGUUCUUCUAUGGUAAUCAUAUGAACCACCCCCCGGAACCAUUCAUUUUAAGAGUUUAGAUCAAAGCACAUCAUUACCAUUUAUUCUCAUCAUAAGCAGAAUCAUGUCAUUAAUGACUUAAGCUAUCCAAAUUAGGUUUCUGUUACUUUUACUGAAUAAGAUCUCUUUGAAGGACAAGGGCUUUGCUUAGCGAGGGAUAAAAUGUUGGAAAACAAUCUGUUUACAGUCACUUUACAUCUACAGAAAUGUAGUGUUUUGUGAAUUAUUAUUAUUUUUUUUACAUCUCUAGGAUCACAGAAGUGCCAAUGGACCAUAUGGACAACCUGCACCACUGUGUCUGAUUGAUUUAGUCCUGAGUAAUUGAUUAAAAAUGAGAAAACUCUGUCUUUGAUCAUUGGUUUUGGGAAAGUGUGGCGGCCUUAAUUGAUUCCAACUGAAAGUGAAUAUGUUUUGCAUUUAUUUUGCAUAAUUGAAUUGAAAAUGUCGACUGGUGAAUUUAAAAAGCCCAAUGUGUCCUAGUGUCAUGUAUGUGUUUACAGUCUCUCUAAGAUGCCAGAGAAUAUGUGCUCACCUAAUGUAAUGUAGUUUUAAGGGCUAUAAGGUGACAGUAGGAGGAUACACUGUUACCGAAUCUGUGUCUAAUGAUGAUAAGUUGACUCAAAAUGUUCUUAUCGGAAAGUAGUGUACACUUGAUUUGUUUUCCAUUGUCAAAGUGUGAGUUGAGCUCAUUUUGAUCCAUGCUAAAUUCAUGUAAUGUUGACCCAGCUGUGUCAAUCUUAAUGCUGCAUGAAUGGGAAAAAUCACCAUAAGCAGCUGAAUUACCAUUUCAUUAAUUGUCAAUGCACACUUGGAGUGAACAAUUGAGUAUGUUUUGGAUUCAGACAACAAAGUAUGUGCGCGUGUGUGUUAGAGAAGAUCUUGAUCUGACAGUCACGACCGGUGUCUGCAGUCAGUGUGUGUUUUAAUUGGCGAAAAAAAAAAUCUAGAUUUUUUUUGAGCCCGUCUUUCAUUUAGCUUUUUUGAGAAUCAUUAUCAUACUGAAAUGUCAGUUCUGCUUGCUUCGAACUAUGCAACAGAUUCAUUGGAUUAAAAUAUGAUGAAUUAUUUAUUCUUCUCUUAGCUGUCAUAACAAUGCGCUCUCUCUCUCUCUCUCUCUCUCUCUUUUCCUUUCCGUUUCUCUCUCUGUACGCUUGCUUUCUUUUGUCGAAGUGAAUUCAGUCAUGCCCAUAUUUCAUUAUUUAUACUAACGCAAGUGUAUUAUCUAUGUUAUGUAUGUGUGUGAUGUGCACACAUUCAAGUUUUCUUUACUUUUUUGUAAUAUAUGAUCAUGUGGAAUGCCUUGUUCUUUAUGUCCUGUCGUUUAAAUCUAACAGAACAAAAAUGGGGGAAAAAAAGGAUAAUCAAGCAAUUGAAGUCAAAGUUAUUAUAUAAACUAUAUAUACAUAUAUACAAAUAUCUAUAUAUAAAUAAAGCCAUUAGAAUUUGAAAUACAA